UUUUCUGAACAAGAAAACAAUUUGAUCACAUAAAUAUAUCAGCAGGCUCAUCACCAAAGAAAUUGAUGAGAGAAAGGAAUAAUUAGUUUGGGUUUUUUCAUAUAUUUAGAUUAGGGCUUUGUCUCAUUCAUCAGAUUGCAAGAAAUUGUUAAAAUGAGUGUAAUUAUAUAUACAAUGUGAAAUUAGUACUUAAGAAUUGCAACAAGUAGAGGAAAAAUAUGAGGGCAAUGACAGUUAUGAGAAGACUGAGGGAGAAAGGAUUAGCAGCAGCGUGGCAAAAGAAAGACAUAAUUAGAAGAGAAUUAAGUACCCAAAUUUUGAAGUCUCCUCAAUCUCUUGUUUCUCUUGACCUCCCUGAAAUUUGGGCUCCUAUAAAUUAUGAUUUUCACUGUCUUCCAUCUUCCAAUGAGCAGGAUGCUGUUGUAAUAGAUGGGAAGUUGAUUGCAGAGGAAAUUAGGUCCACUAUAGCUAUUGAAGUAAGAAGGAUGAAGGAAUCCAUUGGAAAAGUUCCUGGCCUGGCUGUUAUUUUAGUGGGUCAGAGGAGAGACUCUCAAACUUAUGUCCGUAACAAGAUUAGUGCCUGUGAUGAAGCUGGAAUUAAGUCUCUUAUCACUGAACUGCCUGAAGAUUGCACGGAAGAUGCAGUUAUGGAUGCUGUGACAAGUUUUAAUGAGGAUUCAUCUAUUCAUGGUGUUCUUGUGCAGCUUCCGCUACCACAACAUUUGGAUGAGAACAAGAUUUUGAAUGUGCUGAAUUUGGAAAAAGAUGUAGAUGGCUUCCAUCCACUAAAUAUGGGGAAUCUUGCCAUGAGAGGAAGGGAGCCGUUGUUUAUUCCAUGCACUCCAAAGGGUUGCGUCGAGUUAUUAAUCAGGUCUGAUGUGGAAAUCAAGGGGAAGAAUGCGGUAGUUAUUGGGAGAAGCAACAUUGUUGGUUUGCCCACAUCCUUGCUAUUGCAGAGGCACCAUGCAACUGUUACAGUUGUGCAUGCAUUCACCAAUGAUCCAGAGGAGAUAACCAGGAAAGCUGAUAUUGUGGUUACAGCUGCUGGAGUGCCAAAUCUGGUCCGCAACAACUGGCUAAAGCCUGGUGCAGUUGUUAUUGAUGUGGGAACUUGUCCAGUUGAGAUUUUAAAUUUCAUACAUGGAUGGCAGGAUCCCAGCAGUGAGUGCGGUUAUCGUCUUACGGGAGAUGUUUGCUAUGAAGAAGCAGUGAAGGUGGCAUCAGCAAUUACCCCUGUGCCAGGAGGCGUUGGACCCAUGACUAUUGCCAUGCUGCUGUCAAACACUCUUGAUUCUGCCAAGCGAACAUAUAACUUUGUUUGAUUACUAAUGUGUUUAUUUUCCAGCAGUAUAUUUUUCCAUGGUCUUGCUACCUUAUGUUUUGCAAUUAAUUUCGCAUUUGGUCGCUUAGAGGCGUCUACAUAAUCAAUGGGUGGGGAUGCAUGAACAAAGGACAUAUUCUCGCAUCAAGUCAAUUCUGAAGUCUAACCUUUGAUUCUA